AUGGCUACUAAGGAGAUCACUGCAUAUGGUUUCGUGAGUGUGAGCAAGGAUAUCACAGACAGCAUCAGAAAGAUUAUAGAUAAAACAUCUAUCAAGUUUGUUCGUGGUAUUAAGCUUGACACCAAAAAUGGCAAAACAGAGGACAGAGUACUGGUUCUCACAACAUGGCGCCUUUAUUUCCUGCCACCAAAGGUUCCCGCUAAGGUUGAAACUACAUUCAACUUCUUGGAGAUUCGAGCUUUGAAUUCUCACCCUGAACACCAGGUUAUUAUCGACACUGACAAGUCCAGCUUCACCCUGAGGUUUGAGGCGCGGGAACACCUCAAUCAUGUGGUCAGCCAUAUUAAUUUCGCACUGUCUCGAAUAUUCAACAACUCCAUUUUUGCCCCCUCCAUCUGUCAUUCAGACAGCGACCUUUCUGAGGGCAGCAGGAAGUAUUCACCCAGCUCAGAGACUUCAGUGGAAACCCAGAGGGCCUGUGGAGGCUUCUCCGAGACCUACGCCGCUCUGUGCGACUAUAAUGGCAUCAGCUGCAAGGAGGAAGUGCAGUGGGAUGUGGACACCAUCUAUCACUCACAGGACAACCGAGAGUUUAACCUGCUGGACUUCAGCCACCUUGAGAGCAGGGAUUUAGCGGUGAUUGUCGCAUCAAUGGCAUACAACACGUGGUUCACUAAACUGUACUGCAAAGACUUACGCAUAGGGUCAGAGGUCACGGAGCAGGUCCUGCAUACAGUCAGCAAAUCCUCCAGCCUUGAGGAGAUCACUCUGGAGAAUGCUGGGCUAAAAUCAGACUUCCCGCAGAAGAUGUCAGCUGCUCUUUCAGAGAAUCCUGCUUCUGUCAUCCACUCACUCAACUUGGCCCACAACUCACUGGACAACCAAGGUGUGUCAAACUUAAUCCAGCAGGUGUGUCGCCUUAGCAAGGGACUUCGCCUCCUCAACCUCUCCAAGACCUCACUCACCUCCAAAGGGGUAGUGUCUCUAUCUCAGGCUCUGUGCUCCAGUGAUGAGUACUCCAACUCCCUCCUGCACCUGGACCUGAGCAAGAACCCAGGCGUCCUCUCAGGGGAAGAUGCCUCGAACUUGUAUCUCUUCUUGUCUCAGCCCAACUGCCUGGUUCACUUAGAUCUAUCAGGCACUGAUUGCUCUGUGGACUCACUAUUUGGGGCUCUUCUGAGGGGGUGUUGCGCUGAUCUCUCUUUUCUGAAUCUUUCCAAAAACUCCUUCUCCCACAGAAAAGUGAAGGACACGCUGCCGUUGUUCCGUCAGUUCUUCAGCUCGGCCUUCAGCCUCACUCAUGUCAGCAUGGCCUCUAUGAAGCUGCCCCCUGAUGUUCUCAGGGCUGUCCUAACAGGGUUAACCUCCAAUCCUCAUAUCAAUGACCUUCAUCUGGACAUCAGUGGCUGUGAGCUAAGGUCUGCAGGGGCUGCUGUAAUCCAGGAACUCUUCCCCAGAGUCUCCUCUAUUGGCACUCUAGAUAUCUCGGACAAUGGUCUCGAUGCAGACUUACUCACAGUCCUGCCAGCUCUCUCCCGACACCCCUCCCUCAAACACCUUCAUCUCGGCAAGAACUUCAACAUCAAAAACAGGGUUCUGGAUGAAGUCCUGCAGAAGCUGGUUCAGCUCAUACAGGAGGAGGAAUGUGCCCUGCAGACUCUGUCCCUGUCUGACUCACGCCUGCGCUCUCGAGGCACCGUGCUGGUCAACGCUUUGGGCAGCAACACCUGCCUGCGAAAAGUGGAUCUGAGCGGGAACAACAUGGACGACAUCGGAGCCAAGAUGCUGAGCAAAGCCCUGCAGAUCAACACCACGCUAAGGAGUGUGACAUGGGAUCGCAACAAUACCUCCGCUGCAGGAUUUCUCGAUGUGGCCCGAGCACUUGAACAUAAUUUCACCUUGCAGUACAUGCCUCUACCCCUAAGUGACAUCAGCCAGGCGCACCGAAGCGCCCCAGAGAGGACAGAGCAGGCACUGACCAAGAUCCAGCGUUCUCUGGUGAGGAACAAUCAGACCCAGCGCUUCUCUCAGAGGCAGGCACUGAGGCUGCAUCAAGGCCUGGUCACGAGCACUGCUGAACAGGUGAUGGAGCGCCUCUGCGUGCGUGUCCAGCAGCAGGUGUGUAUUCUACGAGGUGUCGGAGAGAUGGAGGAGAUCCAAGCCGCUAAGCAAGUGCUAAAAGAGGCCAGGAACUCCCGCGCUCUCUACCCUUCACUGUGCGAGUUGGCACAUGUGCUGUCUGUGGACGGGCCAGUGAGGCAGAGGCUGGAUUCGCUUGCUGGUGAACUCGCCAAAGCUGCAGACAAGGAGCUUCAGGUGAUCGUCGACUCAAUGGUGUCUCUCUGUCGUGAGCUAUGUCCUUUAUCUUCGUCUGCGGCAGAGCGACUGAGUCCAACACUUUCGUCUGUCUCGGAGCGUGUGUCCAUCCCUCGCUCUGCCAUUCGCACUGCCCUGAUGGAAAGAGCAGCUCAGGACAUUCACCGAGCCUUAGAAGAAGUGAAGCUGUCAGUGGUUUCUUAUCUCACCAACUCCAUCGUGGACCAAAUCCUGCAGGAACUUUACGCCACCCAUAAGACCCUUACCCGACAGGUGUCUCAUCUAAAACACUGGGAGGGAUCAGGUGAGGACGGAACAGGCUGGAGGUUUAACAGACACAGAGACUCUCUGGACAUUACAGAUGAGGAGCUCAGCACCAGCAUAGACACAAUAGCCAUUAAGAAGCACAGCUCAAGAACAAGACGAAUACGACCUGUCUCCACCAGACUGAGCCUGUGUGAUGACUCUAGCUCCUCUCCGCCCCCCUCUGUGCCAUCGUACUCCUCACCACUAUCCCGCUCUGCAUCCUGGGAGGGCCUGUCAGAGCUGCCUACGCAGGGUUUGCCUCUCCAUCAUGUGACAAGAGUUCGGCCGAGGCCUCCACGGAGGCACAAAGGAGGGCAUAUCCCUGCUGAGACACAUUGCAGUGAAAAUGGAGGAAUAAGCCCUCUUGAUGAUGGACUCCCAGAUUUCUAUACUAAAAGAGUCCUUCCUGAUAGUCAGCUCUCCUCUCUGCACAAAGCGCAUUCACUGAGGAGGAAGAAGAGGAGAAACAUGCUUGCCAUCUUCGGUUUCCGUAAAAAACGCAACCAAACUCUGUCCAAUCAGGCAACAGAGUCUGAAGCAGAGGUUUAUGGAGAUGGAUGUCACACUGUUGCCACAGCACCAACAGGGACAGCCACGGAGAAUGUAUACACCCUCCUUCAGCCCCCAAGGUCUGCUGCCAGAGCUGGAUCUCCCGGCGAGGGGGCUGAGGGGAAGAACACUCUUGUUUUAAGUCCGCCGCCAGUGCCAGGCAUUCCUCAUCCAGGCAUGGGAGGAAUCAAACAUCCUUUUUACUCCCCCAGAGAGAAAUCUGAAGCAGAUGCUUUACUUGAACAGUCGGAAGAGGUAAACAGGUACUGGGCAGACGACAAACAGAGGACAACAGAUGUGCUGCAGGAAGACAAGCCGUGGCUGGAAGGGAGGCAGUGUGAUCAACAUGUAGAGAGGCAGCGGUUAGAUGACAGGCUACAAGAAAGAACUUUUGGUGAGACGAGAACAACCGACAGGCACCGGACCGAGAGCAGACAUCCAGAUAGACACAUGGACAAACAGUGGACUGUUGACCGACAUACCCAGCGGCAGAUUGACAGAAAGAUAGAAAGACAGUGGAUGGGUGGCAGACAGAUAGACAGGUCGUGGUCGGAGAACAGGCCGACGGACAGACAGACGGAUCAGUGGACUGAGAGCAGACAUUCAAGCAGAAAGUCAGAUAGACAAGUCCAGGCGCUCCAUUUGGCUCAAAGGCCGUUGCCUCCGUACCCAUCAGACAGGACGCCUUCACCAAAACAGGAAACAGAUCCUCUGAAAAGCAUGGAGGCAGCAUCUGCAGACUGGCAUCAGAGUCAGCAGGACUCACCGGGAGAGAGACAGGCAUGUCUGGAUGCUGGAGGAGUCCUCACGGAAGGAUGGAAGGGCGGCGCAGGAGGAGGUGCCUCUGCUGGACGAGCUGCUCCCUGUGCAUCUAAACCUGAUCCCCCUCCGCAAAGCAGUAAACCCAACCUUUCCAAACUGAGGCAGAAACACUGGCUGGAGAACUCCGAAGUUCUACCGGGUACAGAGGAGGAAAGAGACACAGAGAGGGAUCCUGGAAAAAUGGAAAAGAGAGAGAGAGAGAAAAGAAGAGAUUCGGAGGGUCACCCUCCUCCGAUUCCUGAGAAGCCAAAGACAUCCUCGUAUGUGGCUUUUUCAAAAGAAUCAGCUAAUGAGAGGAACUUGCCUCCUCCACCUGUGCCGCCUCCUGUCAGCAGGCCUGUGCACGGACUGCCAGACAGAGCUGCAAGUCAAGGUGAUGAAGGAUUGAGACCUCAGGCGCCUGUGAAACCACAGAGGAACAGAAAGGCAAUGUCUUGUGACACAGGCACUGACAGGGAAAGCCCUAAUAACGUUGAGAAGCCCCCAAAUCGCAAACCCCCUGUGAAAAAACCUAGACUACCCCAAAACAGAAAUAAGUCACUGGACUUGUCUGACAGCAUCAACUCAGCGUCUGGCCACAGCGAGCUGUUGUGA